GGAGGCGCCUGUUCUGUCGCUGCCGGGACUUUAAGACGCUUUCUGACUGAGACACAGCUUCAUUCGGUUUAACUCUCAGACAUCUGUUGGUCGCUCUCCUCGGACCAGUUUGGAGUAAACUCCGUCGGGAUGGCUGAAGACUGAAGGACAUUCCUGGCUGACGGCAGCGAUGGCGAACAAGACGUGGCCUCCCCACCUGUAUGUCCCGCACUACUACCUUCGCGAUGACCCCUUCGCCUCCAAACUCUCCAAAGAAGCCGACAUCAUUGCAGCGCUGUACAUCUGCGUUAUAGGAAUAUUGUCUGCCACGGGGAACGGAUACGUCCUUUUUACCACCAUUAAACGGAAGACGAAGCUGAAGCCGCCGGAGCUGAUGACCGUAAACCUGGCCAUCUUUGACUUCGGCAUAUCAGUGACGGGGAAGCCCUUCUUUAUCAUAUCCAGCCUCUCCCACCGAUGGCCCUUCGGCUGGGAGGGCUGCCAGUUCUACGGCUGGGCCGGCUUCUUCUUCGGGUGCGGCAGCCUCAUCACGAUGACCAUGGUCAGCCUGGACAGAUAUCUGAAGAUCUGCCAUCUCAGAUACGGCACUUGGCUCAAGCGUCACCACAUGUUCCUCUGCUUGGUCUUCACAUGGGUGUACGCUGGCUUCUGGGCCACCAUGCCUCUGGUGGGCUGGGGGAGUUACGCCCCAGAACCCUUCGGGACGUCCUGCACUUUAAAUUGGUGGCUGGCUCAAGCCUCGCUCUCUGGCCAGACGUUCGUCAUGUCCAUCCUGUUCUUCUGCCUCAUCCUCCCCACCGUAGUCAUAGUCUUUUCCUACACUAGGAUAAUAUUCAAAGUCAAGUCCUCUGCGAAGGAGAUCUCAAACUUUGACGCCCGCAUCAAAAACAGCCAUACUUUAGAGAUAAAGCUCACAAAGGUGGCCAUGCUGGUUUGCGCAGGGUUUUUAAUAGCCUGGAUCCCGUAUGCGGUGGUGUCAGUGGUAUCAGCGUUCGGUGAGCCAGACUCCGUUCCCAUCCCCGUUUCUGUGAUCCCAACUCUGCUGGCCAAGUCCUCUGCAAUGUACAACCCCAUCAUUUACCAGCUGGUGGACCUGAAAAACAGCUGCGCCAAAUCACAGUGCAUGGGCUUCCUGAAGAGACGCAGGCACUUUAGAACUUCACGGUUUUACACAAUCUCGGGCUCAUUACGAGACCCUGCACCAGCCAAAGAAGCCCACAUCGAGUUGUGAGACUGCAAAGAUGGACCACUUCUAUGCCCGACACCAACCCAGUCACGUGUUGCCUGUCACCUGCUGUGAUGUUGUGAGCCCGCGUUUGCAACUCUUCCUGGUUCCCUGCUGCGUGUUGACGUCCACGCUGGUCCUUCUGUGCGCUUCCUAACAUCCGCUUCGAGUCCCUCUGAAGAGCAAAUUGUGUCAUCGUGUUUGCAAGUGCCGUCGACUCGACUGUGGACAACUUCUGUUGCUCGAUUGAGAGAACAGUUGAAGCACCUUUGUGCUAAAAGUUCUUGUUUUACUUUUGGAGCGACACAAUGUGAGUUCAGUCCAGCUACUUGUGUUUAAGAAUCCGGUGUCUGUACAGAUUGUUGUCUUCUGCACCGCAUUGUGUCGUGUAAACGCUGAGUAUUCCCGAAGGACGUUGAAUUCUGCAUCAGAUUUCGCCUUUGCCUUUAAAUUGCACCUUAAUGUGAGGAGUUUUCAAUCAUGGAGGAGGACAUUUUUCAAGAGUGACGUGGCAACGCAGCACUCACCGAGCGCUUUUCCCCGUUACGUGUUCACUUCAAUGUUGAAGUCAAUGCUGUGGUUCAUGUGUUACUGGCCUGAAUAUUCGGUUUGUUCUGAUCGGUGGCCAUUUGAAUGAGAAAAGUGUUGAGAAGUUUGUGAAAGGAAAGGAUCAAGUUGACUCAUCAAAAGCGUCUUCUGCUGAGGAAAACACUCUUCUACACACGCAGCUGACUCGAAUGAACCAUGAAAUAUGAGUAUUUUAAACAUCUGAAAUAUUCUUCAAGCUCAUGUACAAUCACUGAGGCGGCAUCAUGUUUAACUGAGUGUCUAAAACUGUCCUUGCAUCUAUUAAGUGGAUAAAGGUCUUUAGAGGAGGAUGCCAUGUUGACUGGUCCCAAGGACGUAGCAUGCACACGAAGACACUUGCUAACAGAAAAUGUCGCGGGGCUCUCGAUCAAAUCACCAGGCUCCUAAAAUAGUCUUGAAUUCAUUUCAGUGAAGACGGUUAACAGUAAUUCCUGGACUUUUAGUUUAGCAUUUAGCAGCAAAAAAGACAAAGGCAAUUUUAGUCACAUUCAUUUCCUGAAGCGCAAAAGAAAAACCCAAUUUAAUCAAAAGCUUUCUUUUAUUAAAGAGGGAUAUAUAAAGUAUCCCAUGCAUAUUUUAUUUUUUUAUUAAGAAAAAUGAACAACACCAAGUCAUUCUGAAGGCCCAUUUAUGACGUUACGUACGGAUCCGGAUACGUACGCAGGAUGCGGCCUUCAUUUCGUUCCACCAAACUUUCGGAGACAAAAGGAGCAGUACCACUAGAAACCAAGGGGGGCAGUGUUGCUCUUACUGCCAUAUACGUAGCUCUAAUGAGAAACGAAGCAGACAUAACACUGGCGGGAAUUCUCUGUCCUCCAGUCGCGAUAUAUUCAAGACGUACAUCGUCAAUACCUCUUCCACAGUCGCCAUGUUUGUCUUGGACCUUUGAUACUGGGCUGCUCCCCCUGGUGGACAUAUUGGUGAACAGCAAUAUUAACAUAACGUAUGGAAGCAUGAGAUCUGUGACGUAGCAUUGUUUGAAAUGGACGGUUACAAUUUUGUCCUAAAGGGAGCAUCAAUAAAAAGCAUCAGAGUUACCUUAUACCAGCCUUUGUCAGCCACUCAGAACUCACCUCCACUGAGAGCCUCAUCAUUAAUCCGUCUGGGACGCAGUGUGCGAAGAUUAGUUUCAGUUAAACAAGUUAUCUUCUGCGUAUUAACUUCACAUUCCGCUGCAUUUUUUCCCCUUUUCAUUUUCUAAUCGUCCAUUUUUUCCAUCAAGUUUCAUCAUCUAACACCCCAAUUCUACAGUUUUGUAACCCAGUCAAGCUCAAAGUAGCAGAGUGACAACAUCAGCUGUGGCCGUCUGUCACGUGAGGCUUGUUCACCCCUUCCAGAGCCACUGAAGUGCUCCAUCCAAGUGUGAGGGGCUUUUGCUUCAGACCAUUCCUGCAGAGCGCUGAACAGUAGGAAUGACCAAAGAGUCCAGGGAGAGAGUUAAAUGACUUUUUCAACGUGACCCAAAAGAUCAUGUGAGGAGUGUGGUUCAGAUGACGCUAACACAAGCGUCACAAACUCAAAAUGUGAAGUUUAGUAAGUGGUUUUUAACAAGCAAUAUUCUGUGUUAUAACAACGACGGCAUUGUCACUUGUGCGUGACACAGAGAGUCCAAGUCUAAGGACUGAGUCUAGGUCGUCACUAAAUUGUCACCUGUCAUUGUCCUCAUUGCUUGAGGAGGCUGUGAACUGCCGGGGGCCAGACGUCAGACUGCCCUGGAGUCCAAAUAUCAUGGUGUGUUUUUGUUUUUGAAACAGGUUGAGUGACCUCAGAUAAGGUCCGCUAUUCUCCAAAACAACUUCAUCCCUAUUGAGCGACCACGAGUCCCACAAGCUGGUACUGAACACUGCUGAAUUGAAAUGUUACGACUAUUAGCACUCAGGCUGCGGCUGGUAGUUCCGUCCGCUGCGGCUCAAUCUUGGGACGCAGAACUUGAUUCUACAUCCAGCCCCUGAUUAAAUGCUCAGAAGCAGCUGGAACCCAGAUCCAAAUCAAUUCCCAUUAACAUGAAGGGUUUCUCUUGGAAAAGUUGACUUGCUUCCGUGAAGGUUGAAUGAGGAGAGAGUGUGGACAGCUUUGUUCAGCAGCAUUCACGCGCUGGGUUAGAAGCCUGUAGAGGAGGGAAUGAAUAUGAGACACGGCUUUGUAAACAACGUACAACGUGGUGAACAAACGGCCAAUGUUGAAUUUUGAGAGAUUAAAUAAUCUUUUUUCUGUUUAUUUCUCUCUCUGUCUUUCCUUUAGUCCAUUUUAAAGGGACAUUUAUGUUCACCGUUCAGUUCCGGAUACGUAUGGAGCACAUUUCCACAAAGCUUACGACCAAACGGAGCAGUACCACCGGAAACCAUGGGUGGCAGUGUUGCUUCUACCACCAGAAACAAAGCUCUAAUGAGACACGAAGAAGACGUAACAAUGGUAGAAAUAUUCCGGCCUACAGACACGACAUAUAUUUAACGUCCUCACCGACCACCGCCUCCUACAACGCUGCCUCUGUUUCCUCUUUCGUGCAAGAGGUACAUAAUUCAUCGUUCUCGCACAGUCGCCAUGUUUGUUUUGGAGUUUGUCUGCUCCCCCUGGUGGAUAUAUUGGUUAACAGCAAUAGCAAGGCAAAUAACGCGUGGAAACGUGAUGACGGUGAUAUCAUUUGAAUCCGUCGGAUACAAUUUUGUGU